AGUAGGCUCUGUGAUCGACGUAAAUCUGAAGCUUCUGGGCGGGGAAUCAGAGGAGCGAAACGGCAGAGUGGAGAGUCAUUCAGGGUUAAUAAUAUUCCGCCGUGGGGGGGAGCGGGGGAGGACACACACAGACACACACAUAAACUGCCAACCCGGCGACGAGGUUGGGCCUGCGGUGCCUGCCUGCAACCCAGGAAACAUGGAGCUCGAGAAUAUCGUGGCCAACACUGUUCUGCUGAAGGCGAGAGAAGGAGGGGGUGGGAACAGAAAAGGCAAGAGCAAGAAAUGGAAACAGAUGCUUCAGUUCCCUCACAUAAGCCUGUGCGAGGAGUUACGUCAGACUAUAGAGAAAGACUACAACAGCCUUUGUGAGAGGCAGCCAAUCGGAUGCUUGCUAUUCCGGCAGUUCUGCGACACCAGGCCGGAGUUGAGGCGCUGUGUCAAAUUUUUGGAUUCUGUGGCGGAGUAUGAAGUAGCGCCAGAUGAGAAGAGGAAGGAGUGUGGACAGGAGCUCCAAGACAAGUACCUCAACCUGAAGUCAGAGGACUAUGUCCCUGAGGUAACAGAGGAGAUGGUGACUAAGUGUGCAGAACGCUUGCAACAGGAGGCAUGUAAAGAGCUCUUCAUGGAGUGCACCAAACUGAUCCAUGACUUCCUGAGCAUGGCCCCCUUCGCAGACUACCUCGAUAGUAUGUACUACAGUCGCUUCUUACAGUGGAAAUGGCUCGAGAGACAGCCAGUCACAAAAAACACAUUCCGUCAGUAUAGGGUUUUGGGAAAGGGAGGCUUUGGCGAGGUCUGUGCAUGCCAGGUGCGGGCCACAGGGAAGAUGUACGCCUGCAAAAAGCUGGAGAAGAAACGCAUCAAAAAGAGGAAAGGAGAGUCCAUGGCGUUGAAUGAGAAGCAGAUUCUGGAGAAAGUCAACAGUCGGUUUGUUGUGAGUCUCGCAUAUGCAUACGAGACGAAAGAUGCCCUGUGUUUGGUGCUCACGCUGAUGAACGGAGGGGACCUGAAGUUCCAUAUCUACCACAUGGGAGAGGCAGGUUUUGACGAAAGAGCCGUGUUUUAUGCUGCUGAGAUCUGCUGCGGGUUAGAAGACCUCCAUCGUGAGAGGAUAGUAUACAGGGAUUUGAAGCCAGAAAAUAUACUACUGGACGAUCAUGGUCAUAUACGUAUAUCAGACCUUGGCCUGGCUGUGCAUGUACCAGAAGGUCAGACAAUCAAAGGACGGGUGGGAACUGUGGGGUACAUGGCCCCAGAGGUAGUGAAGAAUGAGCGUUACACGUUCAGUCCAGACUGGUGGGCUCUCGGCUGUCUUCUCUAUGAGAUGAUCGAGGGCCAAUCACCCUUUCAGCAGCGCAAGAAAAAAAUCAAGCGAGAGGAAGUGGAGCGGCUAGUGAAAGAGGUGGAGGAAGAAUAUUCCAGCAAGUUCACAGAGGAUGCCAAAUCACUCUGUAAAAUGCUGCUAGCCAAAGACCCUAAUGAGAGGCCUGGCUGUCAGGGGGACGGAGCCACAGAGGUGAAAGCCCACCCUAUUUUUCGUUCCAUCAACUUCAAGCGGCUUGCAGCAGGCAUGCUCGAAGCACCCUUUAUUCCAGAUCCUCAGGCAAUCUACUGUAAGGAUGUGUUGGACAUCGAACAGUUCUCCACAGUGAAAGGGGUGGAGCUGGAGCCCAAAGACGACUCCUUCUACAGCAAAGUAUCCACUGGAAGCGUUCCCAUCCCCUGGCAAAAUGAGAUGAUAGAGACAGAGUGCUUUAAAGAACUUAACAUCUUGAAUUUGGAUGGCACUGUGCCCCCUGACCUGGACUGGAGAGGUCAACCCUCACCCCCACCCAAACAGGGCUUACUGCAGAGACUCUUCGGCCGGCAGGACUGCUGUGGAAAUUGCAGCGACAGUGAGGAGGAGCCCACACGGCUGUGAAGGCGUGGCCUGGCUCCUCCCCUACACCACUGAGGAUCUCAUUUGUUUACAGUUUUUGCACAUUUGUAUUUUUAAGAUAGCUCUAUAUAAACAUUGGAAUGUAUAUUUUCACUAUAUAGCCAUGCAGUGUAUCUUAUUUAAAGUCAUCGAAAUGAAAAGGACAGAAAAAAGGGUCCCAGUUAUUGUCCUUUAUCAUGUGUGACGUAUGGAAAGGACAGAUCGUUCAACACUGCUCAAGUCUCAAACCCGGUUGACCCAACCGAUCCUGUACAUUUUCGUCAAUAUGUCUUGCAGCCUCUUUGCGCUUUUUUCUUUUUUUGUUCUUGUACGAUUUCACACACAUGUACAGUAUGCACUCUGAAUAUUUGUUUUAGACGCGGGGAACAAAGGAAAUUUGCUUUUGCAGAUAUUUUUAUAUUUAUAUUUUGAAUUUUAUUUUCUUAUGGUAAUCUCGACAAUCAAAUGACAUCAUUUGUAUAAAACAGUGAUAAAUGUGCAUUAAUGGAAUUUUAAAAUAGAACUAUAAAACCGAGGGAAAUUUUAACAUCGUAAAUUCUCUACCAGAAGUUUCAAAUGUGUAAGGUUACUUAGCUAGAGAUACCUAGAAAACCAAAUAGACGUGACUAAAGUGCAUAUAUGUACAAUAACAACUGCAGACAGUUGUACCAUGUUAUAAAUAUGCGACACUCAUCUGUAAAGUCUUCAGUGCGUCUUCCUGCUAAUUCUUCUCUGGAUAAUUAGGAAAAACAUCCUGAUUAUAGUCCUGUGUGGCCCAUACGUUACAAAAUGAGAAUCAUGAGGCAUUAUUUUCCAUUUAUGAUAUAUUUCACAACAUGACUGUAACAACAUGACAGUAAUUUGUCAUUCCAGCUCUGAAGACCGGAAGACUUUAAUUAAGGCCUGUUUCACACUGCACACGUAAGCAGAGCGUAAGCAGCGCAUAUAUUUUCUUGGCGCUCAUGUUAACAGAUUUGAACAUUCACACUGGACGCUGAGGCGAUGCUGCAAUGCGUAGCAGAGCAGAUGCAGCAGUGCCGCAAAUAUUUGCUUCACUGCUCACAGAGUAUUUUUGGCCAAAAUAUGCAUGUUCACGACAUGAAAAAUGAACAAAUUUACCAUAAAAUUAUAAAAGUGAUGUCUACUGUGUUUCACACAGUCAUCAAAUGACUUGCAGCACUGCGGAGGGGGGAAAUUAAAUCCCUGAAAAUGCAAGGAGUUUGUUUGCCCAAACCUCAAAGCAUGUUUAAAUGAUUAAAUGAUUAGAGGUAUAGCUUAAAUGGUUAGUUAGUUCACCCAAAAAAUGAAAAUUCUGUCAUUAAUUACUCACCCUCAUGUCGUUCCAAACCCAUAAGACCUUCAUUCAUCUUCGGAACACAAAUUAAGAUAUUUUGAUGAAAUCUGAGCUCUCUGACCCUCCAUAGACAGCAAGGAUAUUACCACGAUCAAGACACACAAACGUAGUAAGGACAUCGGUAAAAUAAUUCAGCAUGUGUGCGCUUUCUACUGAAUGUAAACAAUGCUGAUUACAUUGAUUACGUUCUGGGGUACUCUACAAAAUGAUGGAAGACGGUAACUUGGGGAGAAAAAUUGCUGAAUAAAUUAUGUUAUUGUUUUCUUUGCGCGCAAAAAGUAUUCUUGUAGCUUCGUAAAAUUACGGUUGAACCACUGAUGUCACAUGGACUAUUUUACCGAUGUCCUUACUAUGUUUCUGUGCCUUGAUCGUGGUAAUAUCCUUGCGGUCUAUGCAGGGUCAGAGAGCUCUCAGAUUUCAUUAAAAAUGUCUUCAUUUGUGUUCGGAACGACAUGAGGGUAAGUGAUUAAUGACAGAAUUUUCAUUUUUAGGUGAAUUAACCCUUUAAGUUUAAGAUUCAUUUUACUAUAAACUAUAUUUGCUGUGAUGACCCACACAUACCAUAUAGAGUAUGCUGCCCAUUAUAAGCAUGUGACAAGCGUGGUCAGAGGAGUCCACCUAAAACAGGCAAAACAAUUGACGACACUCGUCUUGCCCAUUCUUGAUUUUCAGAUGUCGGUGUGAAAGCAUAAUGAGCACGUGCUGUUUCCGCUCUUCAUAUGCGCAGCUUUCGCUCUGCUAUCGCUCUGCUUAUGCAUCCAGUGUGAAACGGGCGUAAUACUCAAAUGAUGCUCAACACGUCAUCAUCGCUUAACAGUUCAACGUGCUAAUAGACAUUAGAAAUGUUAUUUAAUGUUUUAAAAGCAGAUGUGCGCAAUUUUAAUGGGCUAUGUAUAAUUUAAUUGCUGCUUUUUUUAUAUAUAUAGGACAAACAAAAAUUAAUUUGCCAAAAAGAAAUGUUUUGUGUUUUGUUUUGUUUUGUGUUAUGUAUCCCCUGCAAUCACAAUAAGCUCUUUACAUUUUCAUUUGUUUGGAAACAUGAUGUCUUGGGAACUUUGUUGUACAUUCGAUCUUGAUUGAUGCACUUAAGACCAAACCAGUUCAAUUUUUGUCCUCCAUCUUCAUAGAAGGUGCCUUUUGAAGUAUUAAGGUACUCCUCAUUAGGGAUUUUUAUUCAAAGGACAUAUUUUUGAGUUAGCUUAGCAUUUUGUGCACACACUUACUCUUUUCUUUGCUGUCGUUUUACCUCAAAUAUUGCUGUGCCCUGUGGAUGUAAAAAAACAAAUUGUUCCAAAACUUGUGAAUUCUUAUGUUGGACAUCGUAGUAACUCGCAAAAGCUUUGGGACUUUGUAUUGAAGCCUAGCUGAAUGCGUAACAUCGGUGACCUGCCAACUCAAGGGUCUGUAAAACAGGAAGUCCAUGGAAGCACCAUCAGCUAAUGGUGGCUCCUUGACUGUCAACACAUUUCUCAUCCAUCUGCAGUUUACGUUAAUUCUCUUGGAUAAACUAAAUACAUUCCAGACUCUACCGCACUGUACAGUUGUAAAUUUGAUUUAGUUUUUUGUUUUUAAUUUUGUUUAUUUAGCAAUAAUGGAUUUUCUAAGUAUAACUACUAUAUACAUGUGUAUAAAAUGAUAACAUUUUGAAUCUAGAGCGAGACGGAACUUAGUCUGACUCUAUGUUUUCCUGAGCCAGGCUUUUAACACUGUGAAGUGAUCAUUUCUGUCACAGUUGAACAUUUUUUGUUUCUUUUGUGCAAUGCACUGAUAUUUUCUGUUUGCGAAUUUAUAACUGUGUAUGUACAGUACGUGUGCCUAAAUGCUGUAUGUCUGAGUGUAUGUGCGCUUUUACCUGCACUGCAUGUGCCCAUGUUUUUUACCAUAACCACUAGUGAAUGCCAUUUAAGUCAGUCAUUUCAAUAUCAUAGAUUUCAUGUUUACCUCAAGGCAGUGGUGGAGCUAAACUCAAAAUUUCUUACAAAACAAGACUUGUACUGAGAAGUAGACAUGCCAGUGCUUUAGAGGUCUGUGUCAAAAUGAAAAUGGCAAACUUCCAGCCAACUUUGUCAGUGUUAUUAAUUAAUUUCAGUUGUCAAAAAUAAAAACAGACCCUGUGAUAUGAACUCUGUCAUAUUAGUACUUCUGUUGUUUUUUGUUUUUUUUAAGAGUAUAAACAUGUGAGAUUAUUCCUACAUCGUAUAAGCCUCAAAGUGUAUGGUGCCAGUUUAAGCAUCAUGUUCCAUUAGCAAACAACAUGCCAUUGAGGGCUAUAGAAUCAAAUAUUUUUUUGUAACUGUGUAUAAUGUGCUAAUAUGAGUAAAGAAUGGUGUAUAACUGGAGGAUCUGGCCAUUCUUAUUUCAAAAGGAGGUUUAAUUUGUCAAUGUGCCAUUGUUAUGUUCACUUACUAUUGAGUUGUUUUGCUGAUAGUGACUUAAUUGUAAUUUUGUAAAACAGAUUUUAACACAUCUGUAUUAUUUUGAAGCAGCCGUUUUUCUUUUCUUUUGCAUAAUAUGUAUGUAGAAAUCGAUAGCCCUUUCAUUUAAGGCCAGAAGAAUGUGUUUUUUUUUUUUGCGAUGAAAACUUGUCUUGUACCUGUUUGUCCCUGUUCUUGAAGCCUUAUUUGUAUGUGAUACAAAAAAAAAAAAAAAAAAAAGGUUUCUGGAUUGCACAUUGAAUACUAAUUUUUUGCUGAAUUCAAUAGUUGAUUCUCACUCAGGUUACUGCCAUCGUUGUGUAUGUUUUUAUUUGCUUAAUAUUCGUACACAGCCUUACUGAUAAAGUAAUGUCAGGUUUCUGGUUUAAAUUUGUCCAUUUUAAGUUGCAUAAAAGACAUGCCACUUGGAAUGUUGCUUAUAGACUUUGGUGUAAAUUUGUAUUGAUGAUGAUGGUGAUGACAGUGAAGGAGUUUGUUGAGUAAAUGUUUUUUUCUUGUCAAAGCACUGAUGCUCAUUUUCCCUCUGUUGAGUUUCUGCUGUCUGUCUCUGGCCUGUGAAGCCUGUACAUUUGCGCAUGGCCUCUCAUGCAGGUCUUCUGUGUAUCAAACAGAAUUUUGUUUGUUUUCCUUUUUUCUGCAGUAGUAUUCAACUUCAAUAAAUUUUUAUUUGGUUA